AUGCUUUUUCCUCAAUUCAACCCAAUUGCUCCUGCAACUUCCAACAAGAUGCACGAAAAGAUUGUUCAUAAAACUCUUAAAGGUAGAGUGACGAAGAACAUAAAAAAGACGGUGACGUCUCCUAAAAAGCAGGUAUCUAGCCCAGAUGAGAUGAUGUCUAACUCAAAGCCAACUUCUGCGACCUCUCCCAAUCGUCCUAUCCGACUCAUUCCUUACCCCUUGAGCAAACAGCAAGCAACUUUGCUUCGAGGAAUAAAGACUUCCUUGAAAAAGUCUAGCAAUCCCGUUGAACGCGUUGAACCCAAGCAAGAUCAAAUGGAUCUUGAUGGAAAGAUCGAAUAUACUAUCGAGACGAAGACGUCUGGCAGAAUUCAAACGAAAAAGUCGGGAAAGUCCGAAAAACCAGUAUUCAAGUCAAAAUUCGCCAAAGAAACUACCUUUAGCGGAGUUGUCAAGAACAAGAAAGAGGCAAAGCCGGUGCUCCUCCCCAAUUUUCCAAAAUGUCCAAAGUCUCCUCUAGCUAUCUCGGAAAGUCGAGUCUUGCAACGUCCAAAUGGCAAGGGGCUUGUUGCCUUGGGUCGAGAGGUAGUGAGAUUCGGGGUUGCGAAUGUGUUGAGAUCUCUUGAAAGCGAUGCAAUGGAUACUAGCGAAGAUUAUGACUGGAACUACGACGGAUUCAAUGGAUAUCUUUUGGAAGAGCACAGGGCUAAAUGUGUACAAUUCCCGGAGAUGGAUUUGGAACCCGAGACCUUGAUCCUUUAUUACAAAGGAGAGGUCAAUGAAUAUGGUAUUGCUUGA